UCGAAUACCGAGAGUGUGACCGAAGUGAUCUUUCUGACUGGUGCUUUUGAUAUUUUGUAUCAUUACGCGGAUUCCACAGCCCGCUCAAUUCCGAAAGCUUUGUAACUAUCAUCCGCCCGAAUAUAUUCAGACUGCGGAUCCUUCUCCAAAUUACUGACGUUUUAAAAUCCACAAAAGAAUGUAAGAAGCGGAGAAGUGCAGUGAAUGCAAAAGACAAUUAAAAAUUGUAUCUUUUUUAUUCGAAAUGCCAUACGUACAAAAGUUCAUUAUUAUGAUUCUAAAAUACGUUUUAUAAGAAAAAGGGAAAAAAUCCAUCAGAGGCUGAAACGUCUUGACAUCAAUGGCCCUCGACGAACAACCAAACGACAACCAAAAAAAUGUUCCCGGCCAUGGAAAUCGAUUCUUGGACACGCAAAAACAGGUGUCGCCAACAAGCACGUACUUCGACGAUGCAUCUUUGAACUCAAAAACCCUUCUUGACUCUCAGGGUGCCAUGCCACCAACGAGCGCCCCAACCACUCCUACUGAGUGCCACAGAGUGCCUACCUCAAUGACCAGUGAGACUGAUUUGGUUUCCCUGACGAGUUCGUCAAUGAACGGGACAGUCUUCGGUGGCUCAGCAGGUACCACGAGCGAGUACCCCGAUGUGUCCAGUUCACCUAAUAAUGAGAAUGAUGAGAAACUCGCGGCCUUCCGUAAUUGCUCUUCGAGCGAGACGCCCAACAGUGCCACCACCUUUGGCGAGACGAUUGAAAUGGAUACUGAAGCGGCAUCAACUGAAGGUGCCAUGUCUCAAUGCAAAGCGGUGCCAACAUCAUCUGCCAUAUCACCAAAUCAAAAUAUGAAGGAAGCAAGUGUCCUUUCAACGUGCCACAAAAACAGGUCAGCAUUAAGCCUAUUUUUGUUUGCACUGGUCUUGGAUGUGUUGAGUGAAGAGAUCGGCGAUGAAGAGCUGUGGGACUUGUUAUACGCCAAUGAUCUGGUGAUUACUGCUGAAAAUGAGGAGGCCAGACCUACAAAGAAGGGUUGGAGAGUGGCAGAAGUUUUUAGAGAAGGGUGGCUUAAAGGUGAAUGUCAAUAA